GCGGGCGACAAGGUGCAGUUCUUCAGCGCGCUGGCCGACAGGUGGGUCGGCGGCACGCUCCGGGAGGUCGUGCCGCCCACCCUGGGCCGCGGCGGCGGUGGCGCCCCGCCGCCCGAACUGUGCGCCGCGAAGGUGUCCUCGCAGCUCGGGGAGGAGCUGAUCGCGGCGGGCCAGACGGCGGCACGCAUCAAGAGGGCCGCCAGGAUCUCCCUGGUGGCUCCAGGCGGGGGCCUCGGCUCCAACGGGCGGGUGUUUGCCGAGCUGGAUGAGGACGCGCGCUUUCAGGUCGAGGUCGUGGGCAAGAAGAGCACCCAGUACGACCGCUACCCGGAAGGCUGGGGCCCUUCGGCAUCGCCUCCGCCGAACCUCGCGACUUUCGCGGCGGACGUCCUGAAGAUCAGGGUGCACGAGCGGACGGACUGCUUCAUCUUCGGCUCCAGAGGAGGCCAGUGCGUGCUCCCUGCGCUGUGGCAGGCCGUCGGCGACCGCGUGCCCCCGUGCGUGGUGCUGAACGGUGGCUGCGCCCAGCAGGGACUGCCGCCGCCGCGCGUGCGAUGGCCAGACCAGGCGGUGACCGUCAUGCUGCUCGGCGGCCAGGACUAUUUCAAGGGUAACCACUCCGGCGAGGAGUACGUGCGGAGUACCUGCGCAAUGGUGCCGCCGACGAAUGCCACCACCGCCUUCCUCUACCUGCCCGAGAUGAAGCACAUGCCCCAGGGCGGGAUCCUUCAGGCCGCGCUGGCACCGCUGGUGCUCGCGGCCCUGGAGUGGGGGCUCGAGCCGCAGAGGGUGCCCCUCGACCUCCUGAAUGGGGCGGUGC